UACUGGAGCUGACUCUGGUUCUUAGAGCUGCCACAGCGUCUAUUGUGUUGUUUGAAAAUAAAGACAUACUGAUAAUAGGAUUGCCUGUGAGAGCUGAGGAGACUCUGAUGAUGGAUGAAGAGCAGCUGAAUGACAUAAUCCAGAGAUGGCGAGAUACUCCAGAAGACGAGCUGAAGCCAGAGGACUUCCAGCACUUCCAGAGUUUGGGAUCUGCGUGUCUCACUGAGGGCGACAGCACACAGCUACUGAAAUUGCUCCAGGAUGAGAGGAACCAGGGGAUUGUGAAGUCUAUGGGCUGUGUUCUCAUGGGACCUCUUAUAAAAGAAGCAGUUAAAAAAGAGACGAGCGUUGAUCACUGCCAGGCUGCCAUCACAUAUCUGGCCAAGACUUGCAGGCCAAACGAACUCCUGCAUAGCUUGCUGGAACUAAUUGAAGACAUUGAACCUGGUGCCAUUUCCGAGACCAUCUUAGCCCUUCUUCCACAUCUUCAAACAGUGCUGCUUCACCUGGAGGAGAGAAAGGCAGCAUGUGUGGGCUUGGCCCUGUCCGCCCUGCAAAAGCAGGUGUCCCGGCUGCCUGUUCCGUACACCCAGCAGCAGGAGGAGGCUGAUGAGUACGGCCUGUCUCGCUGCUGCAACGCCAUGGCUGCGUUUACCAAGCCGUUCGUAGAGGAGGUGACGAGGAAAGAUGGGAACUACGUCAGCACCUCUGAGGAUGAGGAGCUACGGACCGAGCUUCUCAAGUUCUGCAUGAGGAGCUUGAGAGAUCCUUUGCUCGAGGCUGAACUGAACCGAAACAGAAAGUCGUCACUGUGGGUCUUUGCGACGGAGAUUAUGGUCACACUACCUGCAAUCCAAGAGUCCCUCUCAGACCUCCUGUUCUUCAGCUCUCUGAAGAAAAGCACCCAGACUGACAACAGUCAGGCCAAGGAGUCGAGAGCUUGUCUGGCCUAUCUGCUGUUUGUGCAGCUCAUCACCAUGGACAGCUUUCCAGCAGUAUUCAGUCCUGUAUUUGUUCUUCAGUGCAACAUGGAACAUAUCGAUCAGCUGCUCAGUAGCAAAAAGGAAUCACACUUGCUCAAAGGACUGGCUCUGUAUACAAAAAGCUUGGAGAGUGUGCAGGACAACAGCCUUCCAGUGAGUCUGCUGGAACUGAAGCGCUUCUACAGUGUACCACAGAACCUGCGGAAAGUCCUGACUGACUGCCCGAUGCAGCAUUUGAGAGAAUCGGGGCUGCAGGUUUUCCAGAUCUUCAUCAAUAAACUAGAUACAGAAGCAAAGCACAAGUUUUUCAGGUGCAUGUUAAAAACCAGCAACCAUGCAGGAGUAGAAAGUUACAUAGUAAAGAACAUCAGGAAUCAAGUGGAGUUUUCUAUGGAGCUGGGUGAUGCCAAUAAAUGGUUCCUGGGGGAGGAGUUUAUCUCGUUGUUGGGACUGGUUUUAUGUUUGCCACAAGGUGCUGACACAGACUUGCUCACCAGUAUGGACAAGAUAAUGGAGAGUCUGAAUCUUCUACGCUAUCUCCUUAUCAGAGACAGAGAGCUGAGGAGCCAUACAGAUGUGUGGGAAGAGCUGUGCAGGAUAAAAGAUGAAUACCUUAAAAUGCUCCGUGUGUGUAUCGGCAUAUCAAGAGCCUAUUAUUCUGCUGAACUGAAGGCACUGAGGGAGGAUCAAAAGCUAAAAGCAAAAGAAGCCAGAGAUGCUGCUCGAUCCACCAGAUUAGUCAAAAGCAUAACAAGGAAACAUGAGAACGGGUCCAACAUCUCCCCAGAGGUCCAGCAACAGGUGCUGCAGAGUGCUUUGGUGACAUUUGACCUGAUGGAGAGUCUCAUUGUCCGUAUUGAAGAGAUCACAGAGGAGAAGCUGAAGAUCUGAAGUAAAUAGAGGCCACUUGUGCUCAAGUGUCACUUCAGAGGCGUGGAUUAUUUUUCAAAACACUGUUUAAUCUUUUUUGCUCUGCUUGACCAAUAAAAAAACAACAAGUGUUCAAUAAGUGUGGACUUCUCUUUGGCAAAGUUGUUGUCAAAGACGUAAAA